CAAUCUCUGCCGCCUGUCAGCUUACCUCUGGUAGCGUGUAUCAGACCUGCCCCCUCAUCUCUCGCGCUCUCUUUCUCCGUCUACACACACGCACCCGUGCCUCCCUCCGUACCUCCGAUGCAGAUUCAGGGAGUGCAGCUCUGCGUGUUGGGCUGGACCAGUUAAUACGUGGUGGUGGAGGUGGUAGCUGACACGGAGAACCUGCGGCUACGCCACCCCUCCCUCUCUCGUUUCGUUCCACGCGCCCGCCUGCCCUUCGGAGGAGAGUCACCUGCCGGGGGGAAUCUAUUUUAACUCUUCGCCAGCGUAAGACACUCUCCGAGGGGAAUUUUCUAACGGGAUUGGCUUGACCGGGACCAUGGCACACGCUGCGGCCCACAUUAAGAAAGCCCGGGUGGAGCUGGUGGAGCAGCAGGCCCCGGACCUGAAGGCUUUGGAGAAAGCCCGUCAGAGGAGGAUACGCUCCCGGGAACGGGCUGAGCGCAAGCGCAAGUCGGACAGCAACACCAGCUUCCUGCGAGCGGCGAGGGCAGGGAACAUCGAUAAGGUUCUUGAGUACCUGAAGGGGGGAGUGGACAUCAGCACUUGUAAUCAGAAUGGGCUGAACGCGCUUCACCUGGCGGCCAAGGAGGGCCACGUGGAGCUGGUCCAGGAGCUGUUGGAGAGAGGUUCGGCUGUGGAUUCGGCCACCAAGAAAGGCAACACUGCCCUCCACAUAGCCUCUCUGGCCGGACAGGCCGAGGUGGUGAAGAUACUGGUGAAGCGUGGAGCAGAAAUCAACUCUCAGUCUCAGAAUGGCUUCACUCCGCUUUACAUGGCCGCUCAGGAGAACCAUAUCGAUGUGGUCCGGUACCUGCUGGAGAGCGGUGGGAACCAGAGCACAGCCACGGAGGACGGCUUCACCCCUCUGGCCAUCGCUCUGCAGCAGGGCCACAACCAGGUGGUGUCUGUGCUGCUGGAGAACGACACCAAGGGCAAGGUGCGUCUCCCUGCCCUGCACAUCGCCGCCCGCAAAGACGACACCAAAUCGGCCGCGCUGCUCCUCCAGAAUGACCACAACGCUGAUGUCCAGUCCAAGAUGAUGGUCAAUAGGACUACGGAGAACGGAAAGAGCGGGUUCACUCCCCUGCACAUCGCGGCCCACUACGGCAACGUGAACGUGGCCACACUACUACUGAACCGCGGGGCGGCCGUUGACUUCACAGCCAGGAACGGGAUCACGCCCCUCCAUGUGGCCUCCAAGCGUGGCAACACUAACAUGGUGCGCCUCCUACUGGACAGGGGGUCUCAGAUUGACGCUAAAACUAGGGACGGUCUCACCCCACUACACUGCGCGGCCAGGAGCGGACACGACACGGCAGUGGAGCUGCUGUUGGAGAGAGGAGCACCCAUGUUAGCCAGAACCAAGAACGGCCUGUCCCCGCUCCACAUGUCGGCCCAGGGCGACCACGUCGAGUGCGUCAAGCACCUCCUGCAGCACAAGGCGCCCGUCGACGACGUCACGCUGGACUACCUGACGGCGCUGCACGUCGCCGCCCACUGCGGACACUACCGCGUCACCAAGCUGCUGCUGGACAAGCGGGCCAACCCCAACGCCAGAGCGCUGAACGGCUUCACCCCGCUGCACAUCGCCUGCAAGAAGAACAGGGUGAAGGUGAUGGAGCUGCUGGUCAAGUACGGCGCGUCCAUCCAGGCCAUCACAGAGUCGGGUCUGACCCCCAUCCACGUAGCAGCCUUCAUGGGUCACCUCAACAUCGUCUUGUUACUGCUGCAGAACGGAGCCUCUCCGGACGUCAGCAACAUUCGCGGUGAGACUUCUCUUCACAUGGCUGCCCGGGCAGGCCAGGUGGAGGUGGUUCGUUGUCUCCUGAGGAACGGGGCCGUGGUGGACGCCAGAGCCAGGGAGUACCAGACCCCCCUCCACAUCGCGUCCCGCCUGGGGAAGACGGAGAUCGUCCAGCUGCUGCUACAGCACAUGGCCCACCCCGACGCCUCCACCACCAACGGCUACACCCCCCUCCACAUCUCCGCCCGGGAGGGACAGGUGGACGUGGCCUCGGUCCUCCUGGAGGCUGGAGCUUCACACUCACUGGCCACCAAGAAAGGAUUCACUCCCCUGCAUGUGGCAUCCAAGUAUGGAAGCCUGGAUGUGGCCAAACUUCUCCUGCAAAAACGAGCCCCUCCUGAUUCUGUAGGGAAGAAUGGCCUUACGCCCCUCCAUGUUGCGGCGCAUUACGAUAACCAGAAGGUGGCGCUCCUGCUUCUGGACAAAGGGGCCUCCCCCCGAGCCACGGCCAAGAACGGCUAUACCCCGCUCCACAUCGCGGCCAAGAAAAACCAGAUGGACAUUGCGGUGGUGCUGCUGCAGUACGGCGCGGAGACCAACAUCGUGACCAAGCAGGGCGUCACCCCGCUGCACCUGGCCUCGCAGGAGGGACACGCUGACAUGGCCGCCCUGCUCCUAGAUAAGGAGGCGCACGUCAACGUCCCCACCAAGAGCGGCCUCACCUCCUUACACCUCGCGGCCCAGGACGACAAGGUGGCUGUGGGAGAGAUACUGGUCAAGUAUAGAGCCAAUGUGGAUCAGCAAACUAAGUUGGGCUACACUCCGCUGAUUGUUGCAUGCCACUAUGGGAACACCAAAAUGGUCAACUUCCUCUUACAGAACGGAGCAAGCGUCAACGCCAAAACUAAGAAUGGAUACACUCCGCUCCACCAAGCUGCUCAGCAAGGAAACACACACAUCAUCAACCUUCUGCUGCAGAACGGGGCCAAGCCCAACAACAUCACUGUGAAUGGUAACACAGCUCUGGCCAUCGCCCGGCGACUGGGCUACAUCUCCGUGGUCGACACACUCAAGGUCGUCACCGAGGAGAUCAUCACCUCAACAACGACGGUGAUAGAGAAACACAAGCUGAACGUUCCCGAGACCAUGACGGAAGUCCUCGACGUCUCUGACGAGGAGGGCCUACGUACUGUGCCCAUCCCAGAGGUGAAAGACAAUGAGGAUGAUGUUCUGUCUGAUGACUCCAUGGAUUUAGAAGGCAGUUCUUAUGCGGUUGACAUAGGACCAUCUCUGUCUACCUUCAGUGACGACACGAUGACAGGGGAUGGAGGGGAGUACCUGCGAGCGGAGGACCUCAGGGAGCUGGGGGACGACUCCCUGCCUGGACAGUACCUGGAUGGGAUGAACUACCUGCGUUAUAGCUUGGAGGGGGGGCGCUCUGACAGUCGAAUGCAAAGCUCGGACAGGUCUUACACUCCCAGCCACCACGGCUACUACUCUCCCAAACAUGAAAGCAUGGUGGACGAGAUGCUCACCGGUCACAAUGUGACGUCUCUUGGCCGGGAAAAUGAGAAGGACUCUUACCGGCUCAGCUGGGGCACGGAUAACCUGGACAACGUGGCCCUGUCCUCCAGCCCCAUCCACUCAGGCCGUUCUUCUCCAUGCCAUGACCAUGGCGACAGCAGUUUCCUGGUUAGCUUCAUGGUGGACGCCAGGGGCGGAGCCAUGCGGGGUUGCCGUCACAACGGCCUGCGCAUCAUCAUCCCCCCGCGGAAGUGCAGCGCCCCGACGCGGGUGACCUGCCGGCUGGUGAAGAGGCAUCGGCUGGCCACUAUGCCACCCAUGGUGGAGGGCGAGGGCCUGGCCAGCAGGCUGAUCGAGGUGGGCCCCGUCGGAGCGCAGUUCCUCGGUAAACUCCACCUUCCCACUGCCCCGCCCCCUCUUAACGAGGGCGAGAGCCUCGUUGGCCGUAUUCUGCAGCUCGGGCCACCAGGGACCAAAUUCCUCGGGCCUGUGAUAGUGGAGAUCCCUCACUUCGCUGCCCUGAGGGGUAAAGAGAGGGAGCUGGUUAUCCUGCGCAGUGAAACGGGAGAGAGCUGGAAGGAGCACCACUGUGAAUACACAGAGGAGGAACUCAACCAGAUACUCAAUGGCAUGGACGAGGAACUGGACCCCCCGGAGGAGCUGGAGAAAAAGCGCAUCUGCCGCAUCAUCACCCGAGACUUCCCCCAGUACUUUGCCGUGGUAUCCCGGGUCAAGCAAGACAGCAACCUGAUUGGUCCAGAGGGCGGCAUCCUGAGCAGCACCGUGGUUCCUCAGGUCCAAGCGGUCUUCCCUGAAGGGGCCCUCACCAAGAGGAUCAAAGUGGGACUCCAGGCUCAGCCAACGAACGCGGACGUGGUGCGGAUGAUCCUGGGAAACAAGGCCACGUUCAGCCCCGUCGUGACCCUGGAGCCUCGCCGGAGGAAGUUCCACAAGCCCAUCACCAUGACCAUACCGAUCCCCAAGAGCAGCACCGACCAGGGGAUCAAUGGCUUUGGAGGGGACACGCCCGCCCUGCGCCUCCUCUGCAGUAUCACAGGUGGAACAACGCCAGCCCAAUGGGAGGACAUCACAGGAACCACGCCCCUGACGUUCAUCAACGACUGUGUCUCCUUCACCACCAACGUGUCGGCCAGGUUCUGGCUGAUAGACUGUCGGCAGGUGCAGGAGUCGGUCAGCUUCUCCACCCUGGUCUACAGGGAGAUCAUCUGCGUUCCCUACAUGGCCAAGUUCGUCAUCUUCGCCAAGACCCACGACCCCAUCGAAGCCCGACUGCGCUGCUUCUGCAUGACGGACGACAAGAUGGACAAGACCCUGGAACAGCAGGAGAACUUCACGGAGGUGGCCAGGAGCAGAGACGUGGAGGUGCUGGAGGGAAAACCCAUCUAUGCAGACUGCUUUGGCAACCUGGUCCCACUCACUAAGGCUGGCCAGCACCAUCUCUUCAGCUUCUAUGCCUUCAAAGAGAACAGGCUGGCACUCUUCAUCAAAAUCCGAGACAACACUCAGGAGCCGUGCGGCCGGCUGUCCUUUAUGAAAGAGCCCAGGUCUUAUAGAAGUCUGGCCCACAAUGCCAUUUGCAACCUGAACAUCACACUACCGUCAUACUCAAAGGAAUCUGAUUCAGACCAAGAUGCUGAGGAAGAGAUCAGCAGGACGAUCGAGAAAUAUGAUGAAGACACUACAGAGACGGCAAUCCAGAAAACCGAUUUGAUCCAAGACUCAACGGCUCUGGCCAGUCCAGACCUCCUCACAGAUGUGUCCGAGAUGAAACAAGACCUGAUCAAAAUGACUGCCAUUCUAGCCACAGAUUCUACUGACAAAUCCCUGGAAGGGAGCGGUCUGGAGAAAGGGGCUGAGGAGGUUCAGGGUGAGCCCUUUGAAAUCAUGGAGAAGUUCAAAGAGGACUUGGAGAAAGUGGGCAAGAUACUCAGGAGUGGAACGUAUGAGGGUGAGUUGGCGGAGGAGGCAGCAAAAGCAGCCAGAAUGAAGGAAGAUUGGGUCCUCCUCUCAGACUGUGAGAUAGAGGAGGCCAAACAGAUGGCUGCCUUAGAACCUCAGGAACCUGUUCUGCGUGAAGCCAGAGUCAACAGAGGCAUUCCAAGACCUAAAGCGAUCAAAGACGUGUCCGGCAUGGCAACACACCUCACUGGGGAACUCAAAGAGUAUCUCCUGGAUGUACCUGAGCGCUCCAGUGCAGCAGCCCAGGAGGAAAUGGUCCAAGAGAAGGGUACAGAGGCUGUGCUGCGCAAAGGCUCAAAAAGAACCACGACUACAACAAAAACGACCACAACCACAACAACCAAGAAGGACAUCAGAACUCUUGUUGAACUCAAAAAGCCAGUCAGGAGGAAAGGAAAAGACCAGGAAAUGGCAAAAGAAUCUACAGAUGGGGAUGCUCUCCUAAGUGCACCCAGAGACCCUAAAACAGUUUCACCUGUGUCCCCAGUUGUUGAGGAGACCCCCAUUGGGUCCAUAAAAGACAAAGUCAAAGCCCUUCAGCAGAGAGUGGAGGCAGAGCAAAAGGGUAAAAUGCCAACUGGCACCAAACCCUUCAAAGUUGCAAUGGAGAGCAAACUCCCCCAAAGGGCAAAAGAAACCAAGCCUGAAUUGAAAAAGGGCUCCUCAAAACAGUGCCCACCUAAGUCCCCUAAGGGUGAAUCUGAGAAGUUAGAGGAGACAAUGUCAGUGAAGGAGCUCAUGCAAUCAUUCCAAAAGGGGCAGGACCCCUCAAAGAGAAAAUCUGGGCUUUUUGAGCUAAAAUCCUCCACUACAGAGCAUGAAACUACACAUGCAGAAUCACAGUCCACUCAGCCCAAAACUACGAUCCACCGACCGACAAGCCAUUAUGAACGGGAGGUGUCAUUGGAUGCCGUACCUGGCGAGCAGAACAAAGAGAGAGACCAGCAAAUUAGCCCACGCAGAAAGCCCUCUAAAGACUCUACAGCUGAAAUCCAAGAAGCACUUGAGGAAAAUUUUGACUGCCAACAGUUUAACGAGAUCUCUCUAGAGGGUAGUCCUGUUACCCAAUCAGCCCUAACCGAAACCGUGGAGUUUACAAACAUUGCCUUGUACGAUAGCUCUGAUAGUUUAAAACACGAGGGCGUGGCAGACUCUCCCAGUGUCAGCCUCGGUGAUGGUAGUCCUCCUCAUUUAAGUUCUGAUGAUAGCCUCAAACACGAAGGAUUAGCCACCCCCGGGACAAGCCCUGAUAGUCUCUCUCUCUCACCAAAAAACGCUAACCAGUCCAGUAAAAACUCAACAGCUGACAAUGUGGCCGUCACAGUGUUGGACAAAAGUAAGGACACGCCUGGAGACUCCGGCAUGGUGACUACUGAUGACCAGCCGUCAACAGAAAUGACCGUCCCGUUCUCUUCCACUGAGGCUGCGGACGAUCACACCACAAGUGAGUCCAUAUCUUUUCAGAGGGGCGAGACUAAGACGAGAAAGCUCACAAAGAGGGUUUCUGAGACCUUAGAGAGCUUCCUUAGUGAUGAGAGCCCUGAGGACCAGCUAGCAUCAACCUUAUCGGCAGAGAUGGCUUUUAGUGUCUCUACACAGCAUCAAGGAAGCUUAGAACUGCCUUUAAGACAGCAAGACCCAGAUGUCCUUAGUCCAUUAGGCGAUGACUCUUUGACAAUAAGCCACAGAGACUCUCUAGAUGAGGGUAGUCCCCUCAUGGAAGACAACUCGUCCCAUAGGACCCCAGACUCCAUUGAACCCAGCCCAACAAAGGAAUCCCCUUGUCGUGACUCCUUAGAAAGCAGCCCAGUAGAGCAGAAAACAUUCCCUCUCGCUCUAGAUCAUCUAAAAUGGUCUUCUAGCCGCCCAGAACCCUCCAAAGCCCCAGAGUUCCCCCCAGACAUAUUGCGUAGUAGGCUACUCAGAGACCAGGAGGCUAGUGCCAACGAUGAUGACAGUAUCGAGCAGACUUCAUCCCAGAUGGAAAGUUCCGGUAAGAGUCCACUCUCCCCCGAUACCCCUAGCUCUGAAGAGGUAAGUUAUGAGGUUAACCCCAAAACCCCCGACCACUUGUACCUAUCUGUGGUGUCGGAACCGACUGUCAUCCCCGAAGACUCUGAGGAAGAUGAAAAUGAGUCAGAAGCACCGAAGCAAUUCACCCCAGAGGAGGAGAUGUUUAAAAUGGCAGCCAAAAUAAAAACGUUUGAUGAAAUGGAGCAGGAUGCCAAAACCAAAAAGAACUCCAGAAAAGACUUCAGUGCCUUUGCAGAUGAUGAAUCAGGGGAUGACAGCGUCAAAACAGUUGAAAUAGAGUUCGGAAAUGAGAGUGGGCUCACUAGGCCCAAAGAGACCUCAGAGUUAACUCUUUCUGUUGAAUCACUUAUUGAAGUAAAACCUCCCUCUCCUUUUCCACCAGGUGUGCAUGAAGGAGUCCACCACAGAGAGACCAUGAGCACAACUACCACGACAGCAGAGGAGGGAUCUCAAUCUGUCUCAGAGCACCAUAUCUUAAAAUCUGUUAAUUCACACAAAGACACGAAUGACAGAGACAUUUUAGUAAAAAUGGCUACCGUGUCUUCCAGCUCUGAUGGGGCUGCAAACAUAACCGACGAACAGAAAGAAGCUAGUUUGAGAAAAUCAAGAGGAAGCAAAGAUGAUGACGGGGAAGGGAAAAAAGCAGAAACAGGAAGUUUGCCAACAGCUACUGUUAAAGCUCCCUGCCAGGCAGAGAGCAACAUAACCGAUGAAGUGAAAGGAGAUCACAGGAGGCACUCAGGAGCCAUGGAAGUGGAAACAUCCUCCACUGAUAUAAUUGGACAGGCAAGGGAAACCUUUAAACCCGAGAUCUGUAUUUACGAUGACACAGAAGAAGAUGAUGAAGAAGAACCUCCAAGAACCGAGUCUAAGGGCGUAACCGCCAGAGAGGAAACAGACCCCUGGAGUGCCAUGCGCGAAGAUGAUGAUGCAUUUGCGGCCCGCGUCAAAGAGGAAGAGCAGAAGAUUUUGAGUUUGAUUGUGGACCGGCAGUCCCAGGGGGCAACCCCGGACACCACUCCAGGAAGGAGCCCCACCGAGGAGAGCACGCCAACCAGCGAGCCCAACCCAUUCCUAUUCCAAGAGGGAAAGUUGUUCGAGAUGACCCGCAGUGGAGCUAUUGACAUGACCAAACGGAGCUAUGAGGAUGAAGGCUUUGCUUUCUUUCAGAUAGGUGAACAACCCUUAGAGGAGGCGCUAGCUGAACAGGUCAGAGAUGGGCCAGGAGAAAGAGAUGACCCACUGGAAAGUGAAGUGGCUCUCAACCUGACUCUGCAAAUAAAAGUAGAGGAAGAUGAUAAACUAUUGAAAGAUGCUUCAGAUUCCCCACGAUGUGCCUUGACAGAGGACGAUCAGACAGACAGUGAAAGUACAGCAGUCUCCCCCUCAAAAUCAGAUGCUUCUAAAUCUAGAAUCCCUAGAAUGGGUCUUUCCGCCUCAACUAAGUCCACUAAGAAAGAUAAAGUAUCCCCAGUGUCUCCUGAAGUCACAGAGGUUAAACCAGACAAAAUUGUAGAGGAAACCCCUCUAGAGGUAGAAACUAGUUCCCCCGAUUCAGUGAUAACAAAUGUUGAGACCGCAGAAACGACUGUCACCCGAUCAGUGUACCCUGAACAGGACCAAGAGUCCUCUGACUCCUCUCCAGAGGAGCAUUCGGUCAUAGAGCUCCCCCAAAACACUGAACAGACCAAAACCCCAACAUUAACCGAAAAAGUUAAAAAGAUCGCGACAAAAACCACAAGCAAGGCUGGCAACCAAAGUCAGACCAAAAUGUCUUCCUCUACUUCUUCUGCAUCCGCUUCUUCAGCUAGUGCUAAGAAAGAAACCCCUGUUUUAGAAGCCAAAUCGAGAAUACCUGUAAAGGGCAAGUCGAGCCUUGUCAAGCCUGAGUCGUCUGUUAAACGUACUGAGUCCUCACAGGAUACAAAACUCAAGGUCCAAGAAAAAAAGGACCUGAGGAGAAAGUCUGAGACAGAUGCGGGUCCCUCUGCAAUGCCCAAAGCCAAGACGACAUCUUCUAAAGCUAAGAGCUUCUGUGAGGUAGAUAAGACGCCUACUAAAAAGGAUCCGCAUCAUCCUAUCAGCACUGACCACACCAAGGCUAAGUCAGGCUUUGGCUUUCAAUCCCGGCUGCCAGUUAGAGGCAAACCUGGUCAGGUGUCGCACACUUCCACCCCUGCCAAAGAGAAAUGCAAGUCACGCAAGAAGUCCAUCGAGUUUGUCGAUGAGAUUAGUGACGAAGCUGCAAAGCUUGUUGAGAGAUUGGCUCAGGCCGAGAAAGAAAAGGAGCGGGAAUCUGUUGCCGCUGCCAUCUCGGAUGACGAGAGCAUUGACCCCUCGAUCAUAGAGAGGGAGACUUUUCCUGAAAUGCAGUUCCCUUCUUCUGGAGACGUCUAUCCCAUUAGACCCCUGUGGGACGACCCGGUUGACACACAGAUGCAACGAAUUCCUGACGAUACAGUCAGUCAAGUAGAUCCACAGGAUGAAGCUGAGAGGAAAGAAGAACGGUUGGAAAUAAUUGCCGACCACCUGGGCUUUAGCUGGACGGAGCUGGCACGAGAGCUUGAGUUCAGUGAGGAGAGCAUCAAUCAAAUACGGAUUGAGAACCCCAACUCCUUACAGGACCAAAGUCAUGCCCUACUGAAGCUCUGGACUGAAAGGGAGGGAAAGCACGACACAGAAACAACAUUGAUCAAAAGACUCACCAAGAUCAACAGGAUGGACAUCGUUCACCUCAUCGAAACCAAGAUGUCCAAGUCCAGCCAGGAGGACGCCUCUUCACACACCUACGAAGAGAUCGAGAAGACCAUUGCACUGGAUCACAGUGAAGGUUUCUCUGCACUCCAUGACGACAUAGACAGUCCCCGGCCUGGCAGGCGUACCGAUGGCGCCUCCAGCAUGACUGGCUCAAGGCAGGGGCCCCUCGUGGCAUCAGAGGAGGACCUGACCUUCAGCGUGUCCUCACUGCAUGAGUCGUCGGGGCGGGUGGAGACAGACGCCUCAGUAACAGGCCUCCUGAGACAUGCCCAGAAAGAGAAGUUGCAGAAAGAGCUGGAGAAGACAAAUUCUGUAGGCGACACAUCACAGACUGUACUGAAGGCGGAGUCAGUGCACAUGGGCACAUUCAAACAAAAUCCUCAAAAAGCCAAGGAAAUACAAUUGAUGACCAGUUAUGCAGAUCCUAAGAUGACAACAGAAAGUCAUUUACAUGAGCAAAAGACAGCUCAACCCUUGAGUCAAGAAACCAGCGUUUCAGGUGUGGCAUCUGCUAAGCUCAAGUCUGCCACAGACUAUAAACCUCUGAUAGAUACUCCACUGCAGAUCAGUGGACAAGGGCAUUUUACUACCCAUAGAGCAGUGACACCUAAACUGAAGGAAUUUGACACUGCCAAUCACAAGCUCUCUGACUGGAGUACAGUAACUCAAGAGGAAUUUGAGGAGAAUCUAUCGGAUGAGUUAUUUACACCGUUCUCAAGCCAGUUUCUGGCGCCACCCAAUUAUGAGUUUUUUCCCGAACGGCCGUCUCUAGAAGUCUCAGAGUGUAGCCAGGUUUCGCCCACAGAUAUGAGUCCUGUUUCUCCAGUCUUCAGCGACUCUCUGUCAGAUAAGGGUCAGGUCACAAAGAGCCCAGUGGCAAAUGCUGAAUCAGUUCCAGAGUCCGCUGCACCUGUAUCCACCGAGUCCUUUGAAUUCUCACCAGACUUCAAACGAGUGCUUUCUGAAUUUGAGAAGUCACUCUCGGCAUUUGGACCAGAUGGCCGUUCGGGUUCCGCCCAAGAGGACUCAGACCUGGAGUUCUUUGACUGCAGGAAUGACUUCUCAGACAUGUCCGAGUCUGAGCCAGCGGAACCCGAGGAUCUCUACCGCAUCGAGGAGCCUCCGUCACCGACACCCAUUGGCAGCACUCCGGAAACAGGAUUUCUUGACAGGAACCGCUUGUACGGCGCACAGUUCCUGGCGGUGGACGACCAGAAGCGUUUCUCCUCAGGCAGCGAAAGUCUAUGGGAGUAUGGCAUUGACGACAGGCCAGAAAGUGAAACUUUCCCCACGUGCGAAGAGCUUCCCGCCAGGUCACGGGCAGGGUACGAUGACGAUUCUCUGGUUCGGGAGAUAAAUGAGGAGCUAGGGUCCAUGUCGUCCGACAGCUCAGAGGAGGAGGUGGUGACCACCAGAGUGGUCCGUCGCAGAGUUGUCAUCCAGGCGGACGACCUGCCAGACAUCCCUCCACAGACGGUUACAGAAGAACAGUACACGGAUGAGCACGGCAACAUGGUAGUCAAGAAGAUCACGCGGAAAGUGAUCCGGAAGUACUUCUCACCAGAUGGUGUGGAGAGGGAGGAGGCGACGUUGGAAGGAUCUCACCAGAAGAUGGUCAGCGUGGAGGAGGGAGACGGCUUCUCCAAGGUGGUGAAGAGGACAGUGGUCCGGUGCGAGGGAGAUCGUACUGAGUUGACCUUCUCUGAGCCCCUGGCCCUGGGGGCCACCACAGCCUCUGACUUCGAGUCGGAGCAAGUGCAGGGCCGAAAGGUCAGCAAGGUUGUCAAGACAAUGGUGGUGAAAGGCGAGAGGAUGGAGAAGCGGACGGGUGACCCCUCGCUGGCUGCAGACGUCCCAUCAGCCAAAGACGACUUUGAGAAGGCAUUGAGUUACGCUGGAGGUUUUGGGACAAUCCAACUUCCUCAUUUAGUAGAGAAAGAGGUUGUGAAAGACGAUGGUUCUGUGGUCAACAGGACCCAGAUGUGUAAGUCUCGGACCCAGAAGAGGACUGUGGUGAGGGACGCCCAGGGUAAGCAUGUGCACCUGGAGCGGCUGGACGACACCCCAGAGGCAACGCAACCAGACGCCCUUCAGCAACACCUGCAUCUGCUGCUCCAACGCUACUGCUCCGAGGAGGAAGGAGAGGAGGAGAAAGAGGAACAGAGGAAAAAGAAGUGAUGGGCCGAUUUGAUAUGCCGAGAAUUUGUUCCAUUCUGGUCCUGCACCCUUAUCCACAAAAAGCCUAUGAAGUCUUGUAAGCGAACUCCUGCCACAGCUCUGACCCCUCAUUGACUCCCAACAACCCCUCACCUUUGCCCCCAGCCUGCUGAAGACACUGGAUUGCGUAUUUUUGUUUUUGUGCUUUCGAUUUCUUUGUCAUUGUCCUUUUGAUGAUUUAUGAUUUUGUGUUUUAUUUGCUAAUUUUGUGACCAAAGAUAGCUCCUCCCCUUUUUUUGUCAGGUGACUUAGAUAAAAACAUUUCUUUAUACUUUUGUUUUGGGUAAGGGGGAGGGGUAAAUCAAGUUUUUGGCUGCUGUGGUAAAACACAAAAUGCUAUGAAAGGUAAACAGAAAUGGGAAAUGAAGAUGGGAACCUCGGACGUUAAUCUCAUUCACAGGCCUCUUCCUGAAGGAAAGAUUGUAAACUUUUGUAAAUAGAGAAUCAGCGCGCUGGCACUGGGUGAAAAAUGAAACAAACAGAAGUUCAAAAGCAUUUAUUACAUUUGCCCCCACACUCUACCUGCUGUAAACAUACUGUCACCAAUCAAAAUCAAUUGAGGUCAAGGGUCAUACCAAAGACAAAGUUGACCCUAUUCGUCCAACAAAUAAGAGCUAGAUGAGUCACUUGUUGCAAGUUUCUUUUGAAAGGUACGGUAAAAAAAGAGAGUGAAUGCCAUAGUCUUGUAUCAAGAAUCAGAUAAGCGUAAAAUGUGUUGUGGUCUGAACCACCUUCAUGUAUCCCUGGGUAACAGUUGGGUCUACAACAGGUUUCGUGUGUCUGGAUGAGCAAUUGACCUCGGCGAACAUACUUUCCAUGUACCGUAACUGUCAGUUAUUCUUUUUUUUUU